CCUGGGUGUAGAUCGCGGAAACUGCUUUGUGGCCUGUUUUGAUUCCUAGCAGCUUACCUGUCCAAGUCAGUAGUGAAGAUGCAUGUUAAGUCCAUCAUUCUUGAGGGAUUUAAGUCCUAUGCUCAGAGGACUGAAGUCAAUGGUUUUGACCCCCUCUUCAAUGCUAUCACCGGUUUAAAUGGUAGUGGGAAAUCCAACAUAUUGGACUCCAUCUGCUUUUUGCUGGGCAUCUCCAACCUGUCUCAGGUUCGGGCUUCUAAUUUACAAGAUUUAGUUUACAAAAAUGGGCAGGCUGGUAUUACCAAAGCCUCCGUGUCUAUCACAUUUGAUAAUUCUGACAAAAAGCAAAGUCCUUUAGGAUUUGAGGUUCAUGAUGAAAUUACAGUAACGAGGCAGGUGGUUAUUGGUGGUAGAAAUAAAUAUUUAAUCAAUGGAGUAAAUGCAAACAAUACCAGAGUACAAGAUCUCUUCUGUUCUGUUGGCCUUAAUGUUAACAACCCUCACUUUCUCAUCAUGCAGGGCCGAAUUACAAAAGUAUUGAACAUGAAACCUCCAGAGAUUUUAUCCAUGAUAGAAGAAGCAGCUGGAACCAGGAUGUAUGAAUACAAAAAAAUAGCUGCCCAGAAAACUAUAGAAAAAAAAGAGGCUAAGCUGAAAGAAAUUAAGACGAUACUUGAAGAAGAGAUUACUCCAACCAUUCAAAAAUUAAAAGAGGAAAGAUCUUCCUACUUGGAGUACCAAAAAGUAAUGAGGGAAAUAGAACAUUUGAGUCGUUUAUAUAUUGCUUAUCAGUUUUUGCUGGCUGAAGAUACAAAAGAACGCUCAGCUGAGGAGUUAAAAGAAAUGCAAGAUAAAGUUGUAAAGCUUCAAGAAAAAUUGUCUGAGAAUGAUAAAAAAAUAAAAGCACUUAGCCAUGAAAUAGAAGAGUUGGAAAGAAGAAAAGAUAAGGAAAUUGGAGGUAUACUCCGAUCUUUAGAAGAUGCUCUUGCAGAAGCUCAGCGAGUUAAUACUAAAUCUCAAAGUGCCUUUGAUCUCAAGAAGAAAAAUCUGGCAAGUGAAGAGAACAAACGCAAAGAGCUGGAAAAAAAUAUGGUUGAGGAUUCUAAAACUUUAGCAGCAAAGGAAAAAGAGGUUAAGAAGAUCACAGAUGGGCUGAAUGCCCUUCAGGAAGCAAGUAAUAAAGAUGCUGAAGCUUUGGCUGCUGCACAGCAGCACUUCAACGCUGUUUCCGCUGGACUGUCUAGUAAUGAAGAUGGAGCAGAAGCAACUCUUGCUGGUCAAAUGAUGGCCUGUAAAAACGACAUAAGUAAAGCUCAGACAGAAGCCAAACAGGCUCAGAUGAAGUUGAAACAUGCCCAACAAGAAUUAAAGACUAAACAAGCUGAAGUUAAGAAGAUGGAUAGUGGCUAUAGGAAGGAUCAAGAAGCUUUAGAAGCUGUGAAGAAACUUAAAGAAAAACUUGAAGCUGAAAUGAAAAAGCUAAAUUAUGAAGAAAACAAAGAGGAAGGACUUCUGGAAAAGCGCAGGCAGUUAUCUCGUGAUAUCAGUAGAUUGAAAGAAACAUAUGAAGCUCUCUUAGCCAGAUUUCCCAAUAUUCAAUUUGCCUACAGGGAUCCAGAGAAGAACUGGAAUAGAAAUUGUGUGAAAGGACUUGUAGCUUCUCUGAUUAGUGUGAAAGAUACUUCUGCAACGACAGCUUUAGAAUUGGUGGCUGGGGAAAGGCUCUACAAUGUUGUAGUAGACACAGAGGUGACUGGAAAAAAGCUACUAGAAAAGGGGGAAUUGAAGCGUCGAUACACUAUAAUUCCACUGAAUAAGAUUUCAGCCAGAUGUAUUGCUCCAGAAACUCUGAGGGUCGCACAGAAUCUUGUUGGCCCUAACAAUGUUCAUGUAGCUCUUUCCCUUGUUGAAUACAAACCAGAACUUCAGAAAGCAAUGGAAUUUGUCUUUGGAACAACAUUUGUUUGUAAUAAUAUGGAUAAUGCAAAAAAAGUGGCCUUUGAUAAAAGGAUAAUGACCAGAACUGUUACUCUAGGAGGUGAUGUAUUUGAUCCUCAUGGAACAUUGAGUGGAGGUGCUCGAUCCCAGGCAGCUUCUAUUUUAACCAAGUUUCAAGAACUCAAAGGUGUUCAAGAUGAGCUGAGAAUUAAGGAGAAUGAGCUACAGGCUCUAGAUGAGGAAUUAGCAGGUCUUAAAAACACAGCUGAAAAGUAUCGCCAACUAAAACAGCAGUGGGAGAUGAAAACUGAGGAGGCAGAUUUAUUACAAACCAAGCUCCAGCAAAGCUCCUAUCACAAGCAACAAGAAGAAUUAGAUGCCCUUAAAAAAACUAUUGAGGAAAGUGAGGAGACUUUAAAAAACACCAAAGAAAUUCAGAAAAAAGCAGAAGAAAAAUAUGAAGUAUUGGAGAAUAAAAUGAAAAAUGCAGAAGCUGAAAGAGAGCGAGAACUGAAGGAUGCUCAGAAAAAACUGGAUUUUGCCAAAACAAAAGCAGAUGCUUCUAGCAAGAAAAUGAAAGAAAAACAACAGGAAGUUGAAGCUAUCACUCUGGAGCUGGAAGAGCUCAAGAGAGAGCAUGCAUCCUAUAAACAACAGCUUGAAGCUGUAAAUGAAGCUAUCAAAUCCUAUGAAGGUCAGAUUGAAGUAAUGGCAGCUGAGGUGGCUAAAAAUAAGGAGUCCGUAAAUAAAGCUCAAGAAGAGGUGACCAAGCAAAAAGAAGUGAUAACAGCCCAAGACAAUGUAAUUAAAGCUAAAUAUGCUGAAGUUGCAACACACAAGGAACAAAACAAUGAUUCUCAGCUUAAAAUUAAGGAACUGGACCACAACAUCAGCAAACAUAAACGGGAAGCUGAAGAUGCUGCUGCAAAGGUCUCCAAAAUGUUGAAGGACUAUGACUGGAUUAAUGCAGAGAAACACCUCUUUGGGCAACCUAACAGUGCCUAUGAUUUCAAAACCAACAACCCAAAAGAAGCUGGUCAGAGACUUCAGAAGUUGCAAGAAAUGAAGGAGAAACUAGGAAGAAAUGUCAACAUGAGAGCUAUGAAUGUACUGACAGAAGCUGAAGAGCGGUAUAAUGACUUGAUGAAGAAGAAGAGAAUUGUAGAAAAUGAUAAAUCAAAAAUCCUUGCAACUAUAGAAGACCUUGACCAGAAGAAAAACCAAGCCCUAAAUAUUGCAUGGCAAAAGGUUAACAAGGACUUUGGGUCUAUUUUUUCUACUCUUUUGCCUGGUGCUAAUGCUAUGCUUGCACCACCAGAGGGGCAAACUGUAUUGGAUGGUCUGGAGUUCAAGGUUGCUUUAGGAAAUACUUGGAAAGAAAACCUAACUGAACUUAGUGGUGGUCAGAGGUCUUUAGUGGCUUUGUCAUUAAUAUUGUCCAUGCUCCUCUUCAAACCUGCUCCAAUUUAUAUCCUGGAUGAGGUAGAUGCAGCCUUGGACCUUUCUCACACCCAAAACAUCGGACAAAUGCUGCGGACUCAUUUCACGCAUUCUCAGUUCAUUGUGGUGUCCCUAAAGGAGGGUAUGUUCAACAAUGCAAAUGUCCUGUUCAAAACCAAGUUUGUGGAUGGUGUUUCUACAGUAGCCAGAUUUACUCAGUGUCAAAAUGGAAAGAUUCCUAAGGAAACUACAUCCAAGGCAAAAGGACCCAAAUGACCACCUUUGAAGCUAAAAGUACAGAUUUACUCCUUUACCUUGACCUGUUUUUUUAAACAUAAAGACCUUGGGAUUUACUUAUUUAUGUAAAAUGUAAUGUUGUUUUGUUACUUAACCUGUAUUUUCUCUUCCUUUAUGUAAUCACUUAUAAAUGAACAUAGAUGCCUCUUUUCUUAAUCAGUGUAACUAUGGUCCAAUUACUGUGAUUGUGAUUUUAUGCAUGUCCUCAAAUGUUUUUUCUUACACAAUUCUUUAUACUAGGGAGCCCGAGAUACCUGGUUGGUGGUACAUUGUUUGUAAAAGCUAAAAAUAAAAAGAAACAGAUGGAAUUAAGUUAUAAGAUAAAUAUAGCUGAUAGUCAGCUUUUAGUUUAAUUCCUAAGGUAAUAUUAAUGUGUUUUCUGUUGUUAAGAAAGUCAUUUAGGUAAGAAUUAUAAAGCAAGUGUCUGGACCAACAAAGGGAACACACAGGAAGCUGUUAGGCAUGCACCAAGCUAUUUGUUGUUAGUUCUGUGAAGAUACAAUGGCAGAGCCCUGAUUGAGACCCAGAUGGGAAACCUUUGGAAAGAUUCUCUCAUUUUAAUGAUGUUUGGAGAUCAUGUUUCUAUAUGCUUAGUAAUUGGUCUGUGCAAUCUUAAGUUUUUAAAAAAUCUUCAGUAGUAUUUUAAUAGAAGCCUGGGAGAAGGUAUGUUGCAUUAAGUCUCCUCAUGUUUUCAAAGAUUUUUGUUAUUAGCCUUUUCAUAAUCCAAUUAAUAACAGUCUGUUGGUGAAUGAGAAUGUAGGAGCCAGCAGACUAAACCAAAUUUAUCUUUUUCCUUGAGUCUGAUGAAUAUAUAAAUAGAUCCAUCCAUUCUACCGAAAGAACUCAAAAUUUGAUGAUUAUUAUAUAUCUUAGUGUCUUCUUUCCAGGUCAAAAGGUUGAAGUUCCUUUGAGAACUCAAAAGAAGCGCUAACAAACACCAUUUGGUUACUAUGUGUAGUUCUGCAUCACCAGAGUGUCUCCAAAGUCUGAAUUUUGAAAGCGCUCGCAUGAUCUAAUCUGAUCUUGAGUAUAUUAUUUUGGCCCUGUAUCCCUUCUUGAUACUCAGUUCCUUUAUGUUACCCUUUCCCUAAUAUAUGCUUAUGGUUCUUGGCUUUGGCUUUAACAUUCCUCAUCCUUCUCAUACACAACUGAGGAUGUCAGAUAACAUCUAGGUAACUGAUACAAUGGGACACACUGGAAAGGACUGAAUCUGGAAUUCAUUCUGUCCACUGUGGGAGGAGAGGGAGACAAAGUUAUAAAUGCCGAGUUACAGGAAGUCUAAUUUCACCUAUAACAGACAAGAGUUUUUUAUUUCCUUUCAAAUGUAUUGAAGAUUAUUUGCCAAAACAGUUCUGUCGGUUCACACUUGCAGUAAGAUCACAUAUCUGUUGACCACAACCCAGUCAGCACUGGCUGUUAGUUUUAUUAUUUCUGAUUUACUAGUUAUAAAAUGGUAGUUCAUUGCUGUUUUAACUAACAUUUGAUAAAUAACUUGUGAGGUUGAAUAUUUGACAUCUGAACUAAUUUUCUUUACCUCAGAUUUUCUAUUUGCCUCCUUAAUUUUUGUCUCAUAUAUAUCAUGCUUUUUGAUGAUAAUCCUCAAACAUAUUAAAUUUUUAUGAGUAAUGUCAGUAUAUUGUGAUUAGAAGACGACAUGAAGGGGAGAGUCAGGGACCUUUAAAGUUCUGCAAUAACAUAAGUAACCUUUACUGAGCUCUUUCUAGACAUCAGAGGCUAUUCGUAUUUGCAUCUGUUUUCACAUUUGAGUAAGUACUGUUGAUCAGCAUUACAUAAUUGAGGAAAUUGAAUUGAGCACAAAAGUUACCAGACUGGUCUGUGGUGAUAGUAGUUAGAGGCAGAGCCAAGAUACCAGUCUUGGCAGUUGGGCUCCAGAAUAUUACCUUUCUGACAGUUUGAACAUUUGUGUUCAUUGUACAUAAUAAAUUUAAGACACACCUCGGUGAGCAGUAUGCACAACAUGAGAAAAUUAUUUCUAGGAAGAAUGUCAAACAUUUGAAAAGGAUUCCUUCUGGGUUUUGGGGGGGUGGUUUGUUUGGGCAUUUCAUGUACCCUAACAAAUGCAAAAGGAAAAACUUGAGAAUCCAUUCUCUUCUGAUACAGUGAGGUAAUCAAAUAGGCCAACCACUCCCGCCAUCAUGUUGUCUGCAAAUCAGGACAGGUUUUCUUCCUUUUUGAUCUGUGGGCCUUUAUUCCCCUUUCUUGCUGUACUGGCUUGAAGUUCCAGCACUGUGUGGUAUAAAUAAUGAGAGCUGGCAUAUCUUCCUUUUCCCCAAAAUUCUGACGAAAGCAUUCAGUCUCUCACCACCUAAGUAUAAUGUUAGCCAUAGGCUUUUUUGGUUUAUAUUCUUUAUCCAGUUAAAGAAGUUUCCUUCUGUUCCUAGUUUGGUCACUUUUAUCAUGGAUGGGUUAUUGAAUUCUGUUCAUUGCUUUUUCUGCAUUGAUUGAUAUGAUCAUGUAAGUGCUUUAGCCUGUUAAUGAAUUACAUUGCUUAAUUUGUGAAUAUUAAACCAGCCUGGUAUUCCUGAAUUAAACCCUGCUUGGUCAUGGUCUAUAAUUCUCUUUAUGUAGAGGCAUACCUUGUUUUAUUAUGCUUCACAGGUAACUGCGUGUUUUUUUUUUUACAGAUUGAAGGUUUGGGGGCACCCUGCACCCAGCAAGUCUGCCAGCACCCUUUUUCCCCACAGCAUUGGUUCACUUUGAGUCUGUCACAGUUUGAUAAUUCUCACAUACUUUCACACUUUCUCCUUGUUAUAUUUGUUAUGGUGAUCAGUGAUUAUGACUCACUGAAAUCUGAUGAUGGUUAGCAUUUUUUAGCAAUAAGCUAUUUUUAAGAUACAUACUUUUUUUAGACCUAAUGCUGUUGCCCACUUAAUGGAUUACAGCGUAAAUAUAACUUUUAAAUUUAAAUAUUGGUUUCAGGAGUAGAACUCAGUGAUUCAUCAUUUACAUACAACAUCCAGUUCUCAUCACAGGUGUCUGCCUUAGUACCCAUAACCCAUCCCCCAACCCAUGGCCCUCCAUCAACCCUCAGUUUGUUCUCUAUCAGUAAGUCUCUUGUGGUUUGAUCUCUUUUUGAAUAUUACUCAGCCAUCAAAAAUUAAAUGUUGUUGCCACUUGCAACAAUGUGGAUGGAGCUAGAAUGUAUUAUGCUAAGUGAAAUAAGUCCAUCAGAGAAAGACAAAUACCAUCUGAUUUUAAGAAAUCAAAACAGAUGAAUAUAUGGUAAAGGGGGGUAUAAAUAGAACUUUUAUAUGCACUGGGAAAGCCAAAAAAUUUUUUUUGCUUGUUUUGCUUGCUGUAUUGUAGUAUCAAACUGAACCCAAAAUGUUUCCAGGUUAUGCCUGAUUUAUAGGAUUCUGUUUGCUAAUAGCUUGGUUGUGAUUUUUGUGUGUGUUCAUUAAGGGCUUUGGUCUGUAUGGGUUUUUUUGUUUUGUUUUGUUUUUCUGGCUUUGUUUGGUUUUGGGGUAAUACUAACUUCGUAAAAUUAAUUGGGAAAUGUUCCCUCUUCUAUUUUCUGUAUAAUUAUAUAGAAUUUGUGUUAAUAAUUCUUCAAAUAUUAGAAUCCUCCUAUGAAACUCUCUAGGCCUGGAGAUUAGGGGGCAGGAUAGGGGGAAUAGAAAUACAAUUUCUUUAAUAGUUAUGGGGAUGUUUAAAUUAUCUGUUUUACAACAAGUGAUUUGUGAUAGUUUGUGUUUUUUGCUGAAUUGUUCCAUUUCAUCUAAACUGUCAAAUUUGUGUGCAGCAGUCAUGGUAUUUCCUCAUUAUCCUUUUGAUGUCUUCAAGCUCUGAAGUUAUCACUUGUUUCAUUCCAGAUAUUGGUAACUUUUGUUUUUUUCUGUCAGUCAUGAUGCAAGUUUGUCAAUUUUAUUGUCUUUCGAAGAACCAGUUUUUUAUUUCAUUUACUUUAUUGUCUUUCUGUUUUCAUUUACUGAUUUUGUCUCAUUUCCUUUUUUCUGCUUUGGGCUUAUUUUGCUCUUUUCUACUUUUAUGGUAGAGGUUUAGAUUGUUGAUUUGAGAUCUCUUUUUGUAGCAAGCAAUUAAUGCUAUCAUUGGCCCUCUUAGGUAGUAAUCUUUUAGCUUCAUCUCACAGAUUGUGAUAUGCUGCAUUUUCAACUUUAACUUCAAAAUAUAUUCUAAUUUGCUUUGACAUUUCUUCUGACUAUUGAAUUCUUUUGGAAUCUAUUUCUUAGGUUUCCAGAUAGUUGGGGAUUUUCCAGGGAGCAUUCUCUUACUGAUUUCUAGUUUGUUCUGUUAUGUCAGGAAUCAGGUUUUUUUAAUUGUUAAAAAAGGAUGGAUUUAGAAAACAAAACAGGUACAAAUUCAGUGGUCUAAGGUUCUACCUUAAUGUAUAUUUUAGAUAAAUAAAAAGUAAACCCAAAUUAAAUAGAAAGGUGGAAAUAAUAAAAGGUAGAAUUCAACAUAUACAGGACAGAAAAACAAUGGAGAAAAUUAAGCUGACAUAUUGAUUUUGUUUUGAGAACCAGGUAUCUGUAAUUAGACCAUUCAGGCAAACCAGAGAAAUUACAAGUCACUAAUAUCAGGAAUGAAAGAAGAGUUGCCACUGUGGCUUUUACCUAAAUUAAAAGGAUGCAAAAUUAUGAUGUUUUUCAUGCCAGUAAAUUCAAUAACUUAGACAAAAUGGAAAAUUGGAAAAAUAAAACUCACUGAAAUUGACAAGAGUAGACAGAACUUGAAUAGCUUCACAUCUGUUCAUGCAAUUGAGAUGAUUAAAUAUCCUCACAAGGAAAACUUUAGUUCCAUGUGGUUUUAUUUGUAAAUAUUACUAUUCAAAGACAAGUGGGGGGGGGGAGGGGGCAGGGGAAUACUUCCAACCUGUUAUAAGUCCAGGGUUCUAAUACUAAAACUUGACAAAGACAUUAUAAAACAAGAAAAUUACAGCCUGGUAGCCCUCAUGGUCUGAAGAGCAAAAACCCUGAAAAUAUUAGCAAACUGAAUCUGAUAACAUUUACAGGCGAUAAUAAGCCAUUUUCAGUUUUUUUCAAUAAAUGGUACCAACAGCUAGGUAUUUAUACAAAAAAAAAAAAUUGCCCUUCACAACAUACACAAAAAAAUAACUAAAGAUAAGACAUAGGCCUAAAAGUAGUAGUUAUAACACUUCUAGAAGAAAACAAAAUUUUUGUGACCUUAGAUUAGGCAAAGAUUUCCUAGGACACACCAAAAAAACACAAACCUCAAAAGAAGAGGAAAAAAAGUAUCCAGGAACAUUAAAAUUUUAAGAAUAUUUUCAAAAGACAGUCUUAAGAAAAUGAAAAGUCAAAGCACAGAAUAGGAGAAACUUGGAAUGUUCGGAGCUGACAGAGUUGGGUGCAGAAUGUGUCAACUCACAUGUUGACAUUGGCAUGAAUGGUGGGCAGAACUGUCACCUAGGCAUAAACCAGGGUGGGGCGGCACUCUGUGCUAGCAAUACUGAUAGCAUUUUCACCUCCAUGCAUUUGAAUGUUUUUUUUUUUUUUAAUGGUGGUCUCACUUAAAAGUGUCUUUAAUGAAGCUAUAAAAUUUUUUUUACCCCCCCGUCCUGAGCACAUCUUUAAUAAUCUGAUAAAAUGGGAGUUAUAUUAUAAAGCAUUUCUGCAUACCAAAACAUGGUUCUUUUGCAGAAAUGCUCUUAUGUCUGUUGUAGUCUGAAAUAACUUUUCAUGGAAAAGCAUUUUUACUUGGACAGGUGACUAAGACAAACUAUGGUUAUUAAGUUUAUGGCAUUUGGUUAGACAUUUCUUAAAAAUGAACAGUAUGAAUCUGUCAUAUUAACCUGACAUUUGUUGCAAAUACUAAAAUUGUAGCUUUCAAAUGAAAAUUAGAAUUCUGUCAAACUUGUAUUUGUCAUUGUGAGCUGGACAUCUCAAUAAAGACUGUUCUGAUAAUA